AUUGAUCAGGGUUAGCAGUACCUGUGCUUCAUCAUAGAAUGUCCUGUGGUAAUGGUGAAACUGGUGGGCACUCUAUGUAUAACCUCGGUGGUCAGGCUCAAAGCACCAGCUCCCAGUCAGGUAGUCUGAAUGGACAUAGGAAGUCUUCAGGACUGUUGGAAGUCACAGAGAACUUAAACAAUAUGCAGUAUUCUUCAGUGGCACUAGCUCCAGAUACUGUCGUGAAUAAUGGAUCAGGAAUUCCCUGUAAAUCUGAGGAAGACACUGUGGAUUCAGUUUUCCAGCUCAGCAACCAACUUAUGACAGGAAGUGAACUCCGUAGGACCUACACAGCCAAGUGUUUCUAUGGCCCUUAUUUAACCAAAACGAGCAUGCAGGGAGAUGUCUACAACUUCCUGGAGAGGCCUAGUGGAUGGAAAUGUUUUAUUUACCAUUUUACUGUAUUUCUACUGGUGCUGAUUUGUUUAAUUUUCAGUGUACUGUCUACGAUAGAACAUUAUUCAGAAUUUGCCACUGGGACCCUUUUCUGGAUGGUGUUACUGGAGAAGAUACAGUUAAAUGGAACUUAUAGAAGGUGGUAUGGUGUUCUGCAUCGAGAGUGA